GUUGGCAUUUCGGACAAACUGUUUGUGUUUUGGCUUUCAAUUUAAAUUGUUUGAGUUUCUAGAUUUUUGGGUAAAAAAACAAAAUCAAAAAAAAAUUGGAAAAAACGGAAGGGGAAGAGACAUGGCAUUGUGCUUCCGCAACAUCAGGCGCCACAUGUGCAUGCUGAUGCGUCAGAACUUCGCCAAAAGUUGCGAGAAGAAGCUGAACGACCAGAUCAACAUGGAGUUGAAGGCCUGCCACCAGUACUUGGCCAUGGCCUACCAUUUCGAUCGUUCGGACAUCAGUUCCCCGGGAUUGCACGGGUUCUUCCUGAAAUCGAGCGCCGAGGAGCGGGAGCACGCGGAGAAGAUCAUGCAGUACAUGAACAAGCGCGGGGGUCUGAUUAUUUUGAGCAGUGUACCGGAGCCGCUGCCCUGCUUCGCCAGCAGUCUGGAGGCCCUGAAGCACGCCCUGAGAAUGGAGCUGGAGGUCAACCAGCACCUGCUGGACCUGCACACGCUGGCGGGCCAGGAAUCGGAUCCGAAUCUCUGCGACUUCAUCGAGGCGAACUUCCUGCAGGAGCAGGUCGACGGCCAGAAGGUGCUGGCGGACUACAUCUGCCAGCUGGAGAGGUCCCAGAGCGAUCUGGGCGACUAUCUGUUCGACAAGUACAUGGGAGCCGGCCUGCACAAGAGCCGGUGAAGGGCCCUCGAGGAGGACCGCCCACCAGCCGAAUCCGUUCAUUGAAUUUCCCCAUGUGCACUGAAUAAAGAUUCGUUGCCCCUGCGAAAGAUCGCCUCCUGGCCGAUCAAUGGGUUGGCUUUUCACGGGCCCACUUAUCAGCGGGCUUGCGAGGCACUAUGUCUAUAAAUACAACCGCUUAUCGGGCCUGGAGGUUGCGCAAGACUCUAAUUGAAAUCGAAACCGAAUCCGAAAGCGUAGCCCCCAUGGAAUCUUUCUCGGAUUAGUUUCAAUCUAUAACUCUUUGGUGCUACCUAAGCCACUCAAUUGAUAAUCCCAUGCCUCAAAUGCUUUAGGAAAUCUGUGAUAAGCUUGAAUCUAUAUAGAUAAAUGUAGAGUAUCACAUAAUAAAACGUUU